AUGGGAAACCCAGAUCCCCUUGAAGGUCAGAUUAACGCUUUCUGGAGAGAUUGUCUCUUGGAGGAAGCCCCCUCAGAAACAAUAUGGUCCUACUCUUACUGCUUGAAUGACAAUGCUUUGCAAGCUAGUCACGGAGGACAUCAACAUCAUCCCGUAGGGUUCAGAAAUGACGACAUGUACAACAACGUUUCUUUAGAGGGACAGGACAAGACUUUAGGUAUCGAUACCAAUUGGACCUGGAACGAAGCCUUCAGUCUUGAUCCACAGGCUACUUUUGUUCCCGGUCGAAUCAGCAACGAUAAUUACUUCGAUUCCGCACAGGUGGAAUUCAGUCCUUUCUCGAGCACUACGUUUGGAACCUUGGGAUCAUUAGCAACUUCCUCUGCGCAAAUACCACCAAGCUCUUGUACCACCCACGAUGAUGCCCCUGUGGACAUUGAAGGAGCCUUCGAUGACUUCAGUUAUCGUCAAGAGUUGAAGAGUGAUAGACGAAGACGACCACCUGGCGCGAGCACGGGAAUCACUGACACCGGGAGCUCUCGAGUGAGUAAAUCUGGAAGAGUCCAAAAGCCAAAAACAGGUGGACACCAUACAUGGAUGUUGGACGAUAAGAUCGACAAGGCUCGAUCGAAAUAUGCCACUCUCUUUGCCGAAAGACAGAAAAUGAGAGAAUCGCUAAAUUCUCUUAUGGGGAUAUCCCAUACAAGUACAACCGACCCACCUCCUCCCGGUUGCUCAAAGCAGAGCUAUGAGCCCGGCGAAACCGACUUGACUGGUGAGUUGAUAUCACACUCUGGCGAACCGAAACUCUCGAAUCAGAAGCGAAAUUAA